GCCGUUACGCGUUUCCGCUUUGGAUUAUUUCGCCCAUGCGAUGCGCCUGUAUUUUAAACACUGAAGAGAAGAGCGAGUAAAAUCCACAGCCGCAAUGUUUAAAUUGGAAGGACUCGGACCUAAAAUGGACCCGGAGGAGAUGAAGAAGAAAAUGCGACAAGACGUCAUCUCUUCUUUACGAAACUUUCUGAUUUACGUCGCCCUCCUCAGAGCCACUCCGUAUGUGUUAAAGAAGCUGGACAGCAUAUGAGUGGAGCAGCUGGUCUCUUCUUCCUCCAUCCACUGAGAGUUCACUGCAUCAGAGACGGCAUGGAUCUCCAUCCAGCAGACAGCCGGGGCCAUCACAGCGUCACUGUGGAAAAUGACCAAUGUUUGUCCACCGCUGCUGCACUGGAGAAACCGGCUUGUUCUUAUUUUCAGUUCUGUUUGAUGUUGUAAACUAUAGUUGGCCUUUAUGUUUUUUUGAAAUUCAACAUAUUGUGAUCUUUGUUAAAUGCAGAGUUUGUGUCUGAUAGCAUGUCUGCCAGCUUUCACACAAUAAAGUUAUACAAUGUUGA